UUUAUAAAUAAGCAUAAGAUAUGGUCCUGUAACACUAUCUUGUACAUAGAAAGGGCGUAUCGUACUCCAUCUAGCAUCGGCUGAUUGGCCGACAUCGCUACUGUAUAUCGCCGUUGUCGGAGUGUUGAUGUCUGAUUGGGCUAUACACGACCAAAGCGAUGCACGAUGUGACCAAAACAACAAUUCGAAAAGGGGGUACUGAUCUAGGUCCAGUAUAAAUAGUUAGUCAUCGGGUAGUUCAGAAAUAAUUAUUUGGAGAUUUCCUGUCCAUUCUAUCAAAACAUGUAUUCGCAAUAAAACAACAAAUACUACUUACUCACUUUGCAAGAAAAAAAAGAAGAGAAAAAAAAGACAAACAUGGCGACCACAAAGAAGAGCGCGUUCCUGCACCGAUCCCUCAAGGAACUCCCAGCGCAGGUCGUUGCGGCAAAGGACAAGAGCCUGAUCUUCUCCGAUGGAACGUCGGUACUGGACUCGACGUGCGGCGCCGCCGUUUCGUGCAUCGGAUACGGCAACGAGCGCGUCAAGGAGGCCAUGAUACGACAGAUGGACAAGUUUGCCUAUUGCAACUCCUUCUUUGGCCACGAGGUCGGCGAGCAGCUGGCGCAGGAGCUGAUGGACGGUACAGGAGGUGCCAUGUCCAAGGCGUACAUUGUGAACUCUGGCUCCGAAGCAAUGGAAGGAACCAUGAAGAUGGCGCGGCAGUACUUUUUAGAGCUGCAGCCACCCCAACCCAAACGCAUCAACUUCAUCGCUCGCGAGGGUUCCUACCACGGCACGACGUUGGGGGCCCUCUCCAUGAGCGGCCACGUGGGCCGGCGCAGCAAGUUCCUCGACCUGCUGCUGCCCAACGUCCACAGGGUCUCGAGGUGCGACGCCUACCGCGGCAUGAAGGAAGGCCAGUCGGUCGCCGAGUACGUGGAGCAGCUCGCCGACGAGCUGGACAAGAAGUUUCAAGAGGUCGGACCGGAGACGGUUUGUGGCUUUGUGGCAGAGCCGGUUGUCGGGGCGACUCUUGGUUGCGUGCCCGCCGUGCCUGGAUACUUUCAGGCCAUGAGGAAAGUGUGCGAUAAGUAUGGCGCCUUGCUUAUUUUGGACGAGGUCAUGUCUGGAAUGGGACGAAGCGGAACGCUGCACGCCUGGCAGCAAGAGGGCGUCGUCCCAGACAUCCAAACCAUCGGAAAAGGUCUCGGAGCCGGCUACGCACCGGUCGCAGCCUUUUUGAUCAACCACCGGGUGGCAGACACACUAGAAAGCGGAACAGGGGAGUUCAUGCACGGUCAUACAUAUCAGGGUCAUGCCUUGUCAUGCGCAGCCGCUCUUGAGGUGCAGCGCAUCGUCAGGGAGGAAAACCUGAUUGACAAUGUCAGAGAGAGGGGAGUGCAGCUAGAGGCGCUCCUUCAGCAGCAUCUUGGCCAUCAUCCGAAUGUUGGAAACAUCAGGGGGAAAGGUCUUUUCUGGGGCAUUGAGUUUGUGGCGGACAAAGCUUCCAAGGAGCCAUUCCCUCGCUCUGUCGACUUGGCCAACAAAGUCAACCGCGUAGGUGUCAAAGAGUUUGGCGUUAGCCUCUACCCAGGGACUGGCACAAAAGAUGGAGUGCUGGGUGACCAUGUCAUACUUGCGCCGGCUUACAACUGCACCGCCGAGGAGAUUGAGGAGAUUGUACUCAAGACAAAGGAGACGGUGGUGCGAGUCUGUGAGCAGAUCAAGGCGAGCUCUUGAAGGGGGUUGCAGAUGGUGAUUACUUCACAAACAUUUGAGGUAUAUUAUAUGACUUAAUCUCUUCAAUCAAACUUUCAAAACUGAAAAUGAUGUGAGUCAACAGCUCCCGAGACAGUUAUAAACGCUUAGGCUGGCCGCACAUUGAGAGCGCAGAGGAGACUGUGGCAUAAUCGAGAGAAAAAGAAUCGCUCUAAAUCCAAUUGUAUUUAUAGAUUACGUUCCGUAAAACCUUGCCUGGUUUUUUUCUUUUAUAUCAUUCGUAUAGAUCCGGCUGUCUCAUAAAGAAGCCACCCAUCCAUCG